AUGGACGAAGUCAAGGCUUCGAUAACUUCCGUAUUUGGCAAAAUCCUCAAGAUGGAUUCUACCAAAAAGGUUAGAGCGAUACACUUGUCUGAUUUUGUCUGAGUCUACUUUGCUAAUAAGGUAUAACAAUUAGAUAAUAGACGUAGGAAUGUUUGCUAACCAACUGAGAAAAAUCAUUAGUUGUGACUAUUUCAGGUGGCCAAGAAGCUAUCUGGUCAUGCAUCUCGAACAGCAGAGUGGGUGACCAACGUAGGCAACGAACACGGGCAGGUCCUUGUUAGCGUCCUUACUGCCAAGGAAGGAUCUGGGCUGAGCAACAUGGCCGGCGGUCUCAUGAAGCGGUAUAACGAUGCGAGCGUGGAUCCUCCGGUCCUUCUCUACGUUGACAGGGACUGCUGCUCUGGUAAGAGCAAAGCCCUUUUCGCAGAGUGGGAUAAUCUACUUAUCCGACUCGAUAUUUAUCAUUUCAUGCGUCAUAUAGCCACUGGCUGCUCCACUGAGUCCCACCAGCUACACCAAACAUUCAUCGCUAGGCUAUCACAAUGCAUUUUCCAAUGGGACAGUAACGAUCUCGAGCGCCUCAAAUUGGCGAAGAAAAGGGAGAUGGAGAGCCAAGGCAUAAAGGAGCCAGGAGAUAGAGAUGUUCUCAGUAGAAUUAACAGUCGCGAGUUCGCGAUUCACUGCCGCCGCACAACCCGUAGCACCGAGGACAUUGUACGUAACAUUACAAACCUUAUAGAGUUUUUCGACGGUGAGCAGGGUCGUGAUACGCUGGGUGUGCCUCUCUUCAAUAGCAGGAGGAUCUGGGAAGAAUGGGAAAAGGCUAGAGAGCACGUCAACUGUAUCCUUGACCCACAAGGCGUUCAGCUCUAUACGGAGGUUGGCACAAUCACCAAGGGGGGUGUUGAACUAAAGGUGUACCGGUGCGCACGCGGCUCAACCUCGCUUGAGUCCUUCCACCUGCACAUCAAUCACUUGAUCCCAGGUAGAUUUCACUAUCUAUGUAAACGUUUGCAGUAGAUUUCUAGAAUAUUAACAUAGGAACAUUAUUUGAUAUUAAAAAAUGUUAAAGGAAUUGCGCGCGCUUUACGAUUGGUCAGUUUCAGUGGAAUUCCCGCGUGUUCAUAACUCAACAAUGAACUGCUCAUAUUAAAUCGUUAUCAUAAUAUAUUGCCGUAUUGAGUUCACUGUUUAUAUCAUGUUACGGGUUGUUCACAGGCAAUACAGCAAGCGACCUACACUUUCAAGGCUAUCUCCUUGAGGGACUGAUGAGGUGGAACCACGACCGCUCAAGAGCGGCAGUAUCCACGGUGAAGAAGCGAGAACCACCUCAGUCCUACUCAGUCCUUCUCCGCUACGUGGCAAACCAGCUGAGUGAGGAAGUGUUUGGGCAGUCUUUAGUACCGAGCUUUAAGGGACUCAAUAAAUACACUGGUAUGUAGAUAAUCGAUUUGUUUCCCUCUUUAUACAGUUUAUAGUUUGUAUGGUCUCUUGAUGUUAUUGGCUUCUCGAUUUUUCUAUUGAUUAAUGUAGAUGAACUACUGGGAGUGGAAUAUCUAUAUGAUCAAACGGGACAGGUCCUGCAGGUCAUACAGGGCGACGCGACUGAGACUGACGACAUCGGUGGUGAUGCAAAUGAUGAGGACUCAGAUGAUGAAGGAUUUGAUGAGGCCCUUGCCUUUAACGAUCCAACAAUCGCUCCACCGCACUUUAUCAUCGACCAGCCAGCCCGUCAAUCUACCACAACACCCUGACAACACGGUAGGCAUUUAUUGUGUCCCUUUACAAGCAAAAAUACCAGGCAGUAAACUUACCACUUAUUUUUCCAGAUUCUACUACUUUAAGUGCAUCCUUCGCCUCUAACACGCCUUCUACAACACCCUUGUCUGCUUCUCGUGUUUCCAUGGGGCUGAACACACCAUCCAGACAAAGUGGUAAGUUCUUGUUGUAGCAGCAAAUUUGAUUGUAUAUUUUAGUUUUCCUGUACCCUAGGCUUGUUCAUGGAAGCCCCCGUUGACUUCAUCUGCUUCCCCGUCUCAACCAGGAUCUUCCUGUGAUGCCGCUGAUGAGAUCUCGGAUGAAUCUAGCGUAAGUACCUACCAUACAUAAUAAUAACUGAUUAGCCCUUUGAAAUUUACCAAAAUAAAUUUCCUUUUUUACUCUUUUUUUCACACAGGAAUGCGUUGGUCCAGGUUUCAGUGAGGUCCACGACUUGGCAAACUAUCUUGUCUGUCUUCGUGAUCAAGAAAGGCCCCUGGAGAACGGCCAAGCAGACACAAUUUUAAAACUGUGGGCUGCUUUGUCAGACUAUGACAAGAGACCUACCGUAUUUUCUCCAUGCUUCUCAAGUAUGUCACCUAGAGGAGGUUUAAAGCCUCUUAAGUCAACUGUUGCUCCUGGAGUUGAAGCUACCCGCUGGUAAUCAUUAUAGAUUUACAAAUUUGCUGUAUUGUUAGAAAGACGUAUUCAACAUUUGCUCUAUUACUAAGGAAGAUUAAUGGUUUCAUUUUGCUUCAGGUGCUUCCUUGGUCAAAACGCUGGCCCUGCCCAGCAACCUGAUUGCAACAGAUAUAUGCAGGCUAUCAUCGACAAACUUUGUGCUGCCUAUCCAGAAAACGUGGUCCAGAAUGGGAAUAGGGUGUUGCAGUGGACAUUGAUCUUGAGAGCCUACCAAAACAUCAAAACCCUGGUAGUGCAGUGUUCAAAGGUGAUGAGCGAUACGGCAAUCCAGCUGGUUGACAUCAAUCAGUCUACAUUGACACAGUGGUACGUUAACUUAAACAAUACAAAUAAAUAUUUCAGUUCUUAGCUCGGCCACUUAUCUGCGCACACAUUAAACUCCCACAUUAAAUCCCAUCAGCUACGUAUUCUUUAAUCUAUAUUCACCAAAUAGACAUUAAAAUCCACUUUUCUUUGGUUGAAAAGGUUUCACAAAAAAUCCAAGGAGACCAAGCGACAAGUUUUGGAACAAGGGAUCACUCUUUCAACCCCGUCUAUCACAGCACCAGCUCCGUUGCCUGCCGCCAUGGCCCACCCACAAGAACUUCUCACUGGUACAAGUGAAGAGCACCAGUUCCAUCUUCCUACAAAUGCCGCUGUCGCUGCAAAAACAGCACGCAGACCACGAACUAUCCUGCCCAAUCAACCCACGACAGUGUUGCUGUCCUUCUCCCUUUAG